AUGGCGUCGAGUUCCAAUGACUCUAGCAGGGUCUCGCACCCAGUGGUGCUGUCGACACAGACACCAUACCCCUUGCCAUCCCAAAAAUUCAUGAUACCAGCGAACUGGAAACGAUACCAGCUCUCUCAGCUCAUCAACAAGGCUUUAUCGCUUCCCAAACCGAUCCCCUUUGAUUUCUUGGUUCGCGGAGAGGUUCUGCGUACAAGCCUAGGGGAAUGGUGUGCCGAACAUGGCUUGUUGGAGGAAGAAACACUGGAAAUCGAGUACAUCCAGUCGGUUAUGCCGCCGCAGCGGAUGUCGGACAUACCCCAUGAAGAUUGGGUGUCGUCGGUCUCAUGUGGCCUUCAAGGGCACUUUGUCACGGCAUCCUACGAUGGAUACAUCCGCACCUUCGACUACUCGCAAAACAUGGUCGCCAACCGCCAGCUUCACGCCGCGCCAAUCACCUCAGUUUGUGUGUUCCCCUCGGAUCCGACUCUCAUUGCCACUUCGUCGCAAGAUCUAACGGCCCAAAUAUCACGCAUCGACUCCGCUGCCGUCCAACCGCUCGCCACCCUUCACCUACAUACAUCCCCCGUUUCGUCUAUUGCGUCUUCACCAUCGGGAAAGCAUCUUAUUACCGCUUCCUGGGACGCACUUGUUGGUGUGUGGGAUACAUCCAUCCCUUCAUCAGACGAAGUAGCCGCCGAUCUGGUGCAGGCGGAACGCAAGAGCAAGAAGCGCAAGGUCGACGAAGCCGACCGGCCCAAACGAAAGGCACCCAUCGCAGUACUGAAAUCACACACAGCGCGAGUGUCCAAAGCCAUUUUCACGGGUGAUAAAAAUGCGAUAAGUUGUGGAUUCGACUCGACUGUGCGCACCUGGGAUACUGAAAUAGGUAUUUGUACGAAUACGAUAAUCGCAUCUGAGAAACCGUUCCUCGAUCUCGCGAUAUUACAAAACGGCAAUACCGCACUCGCUGCCUCAACAGAUAGAACUGUGACUAUCUACGAUUUGACAGCAGACGGCGCGUCACUUUCAUCUACCGUAGGAACGCUCGUGCAUCCCGCCACUCCAUCAUGUAUUGCGCUCUCCCCACGCUCAAGUUCGUCACAACAAAUCGCGACCGGCAGCUACGAUGGCGUCGUUCGCAUUUGGGACCUGCGAAGCACAAAAGCGGCUAUUUCUAGCUUCAAGGCUUGGGAAAACAAAGGCAAAGACGGGAGCCGCAAAAUCCUCGGCCUGGAUUGGGCCAAUGGCGUUAUAGGCAUUGGUGGCGAAUGUGGGUUUGAAGUUUGGAGAGUGGACGAAGGGUCCUCAUAA